UGCUGGCAAUUCACACAUGAGAGAGUUCUCUUUUUGUUUCUCACUGUUAUUAACAAGCUUUGAACUUUAAGAACAAGGGAUUCGAUUUGCAGUAGCUGAAUGCAAACUACAGACAGAAUGAUGGUUCCUGAAUGGAUUCCUCUCUUUUUGUUUGUUCUCUUGAUAGGUUUCUCCACCAUAUCAAGUACAGAUUUUGUAAAUGUAAAGGAAACAAAAGAAACAAAAGCAGAGGGAUCAUGUGUAACUAUCCCCUGUGAUUACACAAAUGAAAGUAUCAAACCUAAGGCACUACUCUGGUUUAAAGAUUCAUAUUAUGACAAAAAUGAGUUUAAUGGGACUAUUGUAUAUAGUAACACAAAUGACCGUCCUCAAUCACAAGGUUACUCCAGCAGAGUGGAAUACAUUACUUAUGAAAGAGACUCGGACAAAAGAAUAAAAUGUGAUUUAAGAAUCAAUGAUCUACAGAAGACAGACAGUGGGAACUACAGCUUUAGAUACAUUUCAAGUGCAACAAAGUACAUGAGCAAAGAGAAUAUGACUCUCACAAUUGAAGACAAUCCUUGUAAGGUACACAUCGAACCAUUCGAGUCAAAGAGUCCAGUCAAAGAAUCAGAUGAAUUUACUGUUCGUUGUUCCACAUCUGGUUCCUGUCCAUCUAAUCCAGAAUGGCUCAUUCACAAAACAGGACAAGAACCAGAAUGGGUGGACAUCUCAUCAACUGAUAGGAUGAUCAUAGAGACUGAAGAUGGACAAGAAGGCAAAAAGGUCACCAGUCUGAAAAUCAAUGUGACAUGGACAGAUGACACCAGGAUUCUGUCUUGUCGUCCAGCAGGAAGUCAGGACAGCUGCCUGAUCAGAAGUGUAACUUUGUCUGUAGAAUAUGCACCUAAAGAGACAAAUGCAAUUUUAAACUCUGAAGAUGUCAAGGAGGAAGAGUCUGUCACUCUCUUUUGCAACAGCAGAGGUCAUCCUAAUGUCACCAUCGAAUGGUUCAAAAACGAGCAACCGCACAUUUCAAAGUCUGAGUUGAGUUUUGAACACAUCAAACCAGAACACAGUGGAGACUACAAUUGUAAAGCUACAAAUAUACAUGGAGACAUGAAAUCGAAUGUCAUUUCAAUCAGAGUGAAGUAUGGUCCAAAAGGUGUUACAGUGUUACCUUCUGGCAAAGAUCUCAAAGAGGGAGAAAAACUGACACUGACAUGUUCAGUGAACGACAGUAACCCACCUGCCGAUAUGUUUAUUUGGUACUUUAACAAUUCCGAGGUACAGUGGCAAACCACAAAGGAAUUAACCAUCAGCUCAGUUACGCCAAACAACAUGGGGAACUACCAUUGUGAGGCAAAUAAUGGAAUAAAAACAGCAGCGUCUAACAAUUGCUGGGUAGAUGUUAAGUAUUCACCACGAAACAUUAAAAUAGACGGCCCAACCUCUGUAAAAGUGGGUUACAGACUCACUUUGAAAUGCUCAGCUGAUGCCAACCCAAAUCCAUCCUUGUACACCUGGAAGCACACACUUGAACCGAUCUCUUCUCUCCUAUCCUCAUGGAGAAAUGAAUGUUUAUCCAUUGAGGCAGUGACCAUUCAACAUGCAGGACAGUACACAUGUGAAGUUUCCAAUCCUCUUGGCACAAUGAAUACCUCCACAAAGGUUGAUGUACUUUAUCCUCCUACUGAACUCAAGUUUACCAAGAUGAGUGAAGUGAGAGAAUAUGAAGUGAUCUCCAUUAAAUGCACAGUUCAAAGCUUUCCUGAGUCAGAGCUUACAGUGACAGGACCAUCUAAUUCCAGAAACAUGCAUAACAAUGGAUGGAACAUAAUUAAAUCUACAAACGUGUUAACUAUCAACUUUAAUGUUUCUGAGUCAGAUGCAGGCUGGUACAAAUGCACAGCAAACAAUUUGGUGGGAUCAAAUAAUACAGGAAAUGAGUUGAUAGUGUUGUAUGGACCUAAGAAUUUGAAUAUUAGCUGUAAAGGGGAACAGAAGAUGGGGAAUGAGUUGACACUUACAUGUAAUGCUCAUUCCAAACCUGAAGUGACCUCAUAUGAGUGGAAGAAACAUGUCAAUGAAGAGUCAGUUGGACAUGGACAGAAACUACACUUCGAUUCAUUAAAAAUCUCAGACUCUGGUCAGUACACAUGCAUUGCUCGUAAUUCCAUUGGAAAAGCAAAAUCCCAACCAGUUAACAUCAGAGUGAAGCAUGCUCCAACCAUAAAUAUUCUCCACAACAUGACAACCUUAACUCAAGGGAAUUGGGAUCAUCCAGUGUAUAUGACUUGCAGUGCAGAUGCAUACCCUCCUACCACAGACUACAAGUGGAACAGACUAGAGGACAAUAAAACUACAUUCCUGUCAAACCAGCAGAACUUCACUGCUCAGAAACCAGGAAGGUACUACUGCAUUGCAACCAAUGAGAUUGGAACUUCACAGCCCAAAUACAUCACGCUAUAUGAUCGCUACAAGUUUGUCAGGAUCCUCUAUCAGAUUAUAUUGCCUAUCAUUCUCCUGUUCAUUGUAAUUGCUGUGGCCAUCUUUCUUUUACGAAGGAUCAUCAUCAAGGCAAGAGCAGAUCAACUAAGUGGAGCAGAUAAUCCAUUGCAUUUUUUCCCAAUAAUGCUGUCACGGUCUUCCACAUUGACAAACUUGCUUUUAUUGGGAUCUCGAAAUAAUACCCGGGAGAAUCUGUCUAUGGCAGGCAUUCCUGAUCCAUGUCAUGGGAGAGCUAAUCACUCGGAUGCAACGCUCCAUCCCCAAGAUCUUAUAAGAGUAAAUGAACUGAGUCCAAGGCCGUCGACUAAUACCCACACUGUGUAUGCUGUCAUUAAACAGCCACAAACGAAACAGGGAGCACAUAUAAACAAUGGCUUGGGAACAUCCUCCUUAAACUAUGCCACUCUGGAGUUUCCAGGAAGAAAUGAGGCAGCAAAUAGAACACCUGAAGGUACUGAUGAUUCUGUAGUCUAUGCCACGGUAUCAAACAAUAAACAGUCAAAGAAUUCCCAAUCCGAGCAACCUGAUUAUGAGAAUGUUUCUUCUAAGGGUGCUCCAAAACGUCCAUUCCCAAAUAUAGACUGGGAUUCUGAUACCAGUGAAGAAGACGAAGUGCAUUACGCCUCUGUGUCUUGUUCUGCGAAGAGUCCUCUUGGAAGUUCAAGCUCUGAUGAAGAGGACAGAACUGUAUAUUCUAACAUAAAACAUAAAUGAAGCUAGGAGCAAUUGUGUGUAAUAAUUCUUAAUCUGAUUUUUUACUUGACCAUUAUAGACAAUUAUUUUAAACUUAUAAUGAAUAUAUAAUUGUAAUAGAUAUAUAUAUAUAUAUAUAUAUAUAUAUAUAUAUAAUAAUUAUAAUGUGAAUACUUUGGAAUGUUUUGAAUUAUGCUGUAGAGAUACUAUUUUUUGUGUGUUUCACUCAGGUCAAAUGCCUGAGCAAUGGAGUGAGCAUGGAAAGAUACUUAAAGAGUUUCUUAUGCUACUCUUAAUUGUGUCACUAACGUUUAAAAAAACAAUCAAUGUACUUUUCCCGCUGUAAAGUGCAUGCUUCGCAUUCACCGAAGUAUUUAGUUGAGCUGAGCUGAGAAAGUGAAUCCAGCUUAUGUUUUCUGAAGUUUGUGACUUGUGGAAUGUUCUGCCUGAAGUAUUGCUCUGAAAAUGUUGAGACUUUUACUAUAAAACUCAUUGCCGACUCUUUCUCUUUUUGCCGAUCAUGACUUAAAGCUUGAUUACACUCCCUCAUGCUUGUUGCAUGUGCAAGCACUGUACAUGUGCUCUGUGCAUAUGUCAAAGCUGAGGAUGCAGACAUUGAUUAAACCACUAGAGAUGUGCGGAUUACAUUUAUGCUGCCUCCCUGUCCAUUUUGGAAGUUAUGGUCCCCAUGGGCUUGCGUUGUAUAUUGGACAUGAAAGAGGUCUAAAAAUACAGUACGAUUAAAACUUAACAGACAAGUUUUAGUAUUUCUUAUUUUGCAAAAACACUGCACAUAAAAGCAAACUGAAAGAGAACCUACCAGUAAGUGAGGAAACAGAAAAUAAGAGAAGUGAGAGAAAGUGUAUUUUUCAUACGUCUUAGAAUAAGGAAGUUAAGAAUAUUUUCCUCAUUCUGCUUUAUAUGUUUCUUGCUUCAUUGUCUACACCGCCAAUAUGCUAAAAAUAUUCUUGAUAAUGUGAAGCUUCUGAGUUCUGCUGAGUUUCAAAUUCAAUGUGUUUUAAUUGAAUUUGUGGUGAGAAAUCACUUAUAAUAAAACAUGUAAAGACACCUACAGUAUGUGCAAAAUCACUUAGUGGCAUUUGCAUAUUCAGCGACACUAAAAAGUAUUUGGACAUUUAAAACACACUUAAAAAUGUACUGUGAGGCCUUUUCCCCAAAUAUUAUCCUUUCACUGACAGGACAGUUAUUGAAAAAAAUAUUAUUUUGGUCACCUUGAACAAAAACUGAAAAUUACAAAUAAGUAUUUUGUCU